UAUCGUUGAUAUAUUUAUGAUAUUAUUUGUAAUAUUUUUAAAGAAAAGUGUCAAUUAAUACUAUUAUUAUUGUUAUUUAUGUGGAAAAAAAUUACAACAAACCAAUUGGAAAUAUCAUCGUAUAAUCAUAAAAAAUAUAAUAUCUGAUAACUAAUGUCAAACAAAAAGCUAUUAUAAGUGACAAAAUAAAAAGUCGUCGCUAUUAUUAAUAACGGAUCGCAUUAAUCAUCGUUUGCCUGAAGCCAUGAGCCGAACAAACCUCAAGCAACAGCUGAUGAAACAGCAGCUCAUCCAAGAAGAGUUGCGCCAAAAACAGCCGCCGGUGUCGUUGCCGAGGAUGAGUCAGUCGCUGGUGACAAACACCACAAAUCCCGGUGCUCUACAACCUCAGCACACGACAUCAGUGCCGCUGAGUUUGCAGCAACAGUUCCCUCAUGUGAUGACAUCGCAUCACUUUCUUCAACAAAAAGUACAACAAAGCCAACAAUUGGUUCGACAAACUCUGGAGAAUCCGACCAAUUAUCACGUGCUACAGACGCAACAGAAACAACACAACAGUCCAUUACAUCCCCAUCCGAUACAUUCACAUUCGGUGCCGAACGUGCCCUCACAGCUAUCACCCAAUUGUCUGCAACCGCAAGAUCACACCCAUACGCACCAAAACACUGGUCACUCGCUAUCAUCGAGCGCCUUAGGCCUAAAUGGUCCGCAAUCCCCAUUUCCAUUGAGUCCCGACAGUCCAUUGUCAGCGCCGCCCAGCUCUGCCUGUUCGACAUCCGAGUUGGACGACGUGUUCGAUGUGUUGGGCGGUUUCGAUAGUCGAGAUGUGUCGGCCCAAAUGGACGACCAAUUAGUCGGAGCCAUUGCCGCCACACUUCCAGCCGAUAUGAACUACUUUCUGGAACAGGAACCGACAACACCUACUCAUGACAUAUCUUCAUCAUCGUGUCCACAACUCAACGAUCAAGAGCUUAAAGCGUGGCAAAAGGAUCGCCAGAAAAAGGAUAAUCACAAUCAAAUUGAACGACGAAGACGUUAUAAUAUUAACGACCGAAUCAAAGAGUUGGGCACUUUGUUGCCCCGAUCGGAGGACACCAAACACUUUGAUCUCGUCAAAGACAUGAAACAAAAUAAGGGAACCAUAUUGAAGGCAUCCGUAGACUAUGUGAGACUACUCAAGAGAGAAAAUAAUCGACUCAAUGAACAGGACAAGAAAUAUAGGGAAAUGGAGAGCAACUAUCGGUUACUACAGAUGCAGUUCCAAGAUUUACAGUUACAGAUGAGACAACAAAACUCUCAGACACAACACCAACCGAAUUCCACCUCAAAUUGGCCACAAAUGGUCAAUACAUGUCAUAAUACUACAAACAAUAAUUGCGACAAUACUAACAACAUGUCCACUGGCGGCGGCGGUGACCCAUUCAGGACAGCACCGAACUCGUUACCGCUCAACGAAAUCGACAAAUUUGCCGCCACUCAGAGUCUACAUCGGAUUAUUAAACAAGAGUACACAGCACCGACAUCGCCUCUGUCUCCCAGUCAGGCCAGCUCGGGUCUCGGCUCAUCGUUGCCAUCGGCCAGUCCCGCACAACAGUACUUUCACUUUAAUGAGCUGACGCACGAUCCGAUUCUAUCGGCAGCCUCUCUGAGCAUCAAAAACGAAGCCUACAGUCCACAGUCGAUGGAUAUUUGUAAUUAAAAUAACACAUUGUUGUCAGAUUGAGAGAGAGAAAGAUAGGGGAACUGGAGUUAAAAACUAUUUUUUCAGACACACUACACAUACAUUCAUAGAAAAUACAUAAAAUUUUUCCAUUAAAUCUUUUUUCUUUUUUAAAAAUAUCAUUUGCUUUCUCUUCCAAAUAUAACAGUGAUUAUUACAUAUAUAGACAUUUGAUUACCAUUU